ACACCACAGGAUGCAUACCAUUCUAUGGCUGGAAAAACACGUAUUCUAUUAAAAGCUACAUUUAGCAUACUCAAUGUAACUGGCAAAAAGGCUUUUAUAGAACAUUGGAGAAAUAUCGAAAAAUCAUCCUCGAAGGUCUUAAAUAAAUGGCAUAUAAAGCAUGAAAUGAUACAAACUACAUCUAUAUCUCAGUUGUGUAUUGUCUGGUCUAUUGAAGCUAAAGUAUUGAAAAUUGCAUUUUCAGCUACUAUAAUGGAAAGAACUUAUCAUGAAUUACAAGAAUCACUUAUGAGAGAAUAUGAAAUGCUAAUACUAAAUUUUGAAAACUUACCUAAUUUGCAUGUAAAUGUUUACCUUCCACAGCAUGCUCGUAAUUUCAGAACACUUGUAAAUAUGGCUGUUAGCAUGAAAAAAAUGGUUCAUUGCACAUUCAAGGGUAUGGUAUCACACACAAAUCAUAAAGUAAUUAAAUUGGAUCUUACCCGAAGGUAUAACACAAUACAGGCAUUAAGACACAUUAUCGAUGGUUUAACAGAUUCUCAUUUUAACACAAAUACUAAUACAUUUAAUAAUUUGAUUAUGUAUCUAAACCUUUGCCCAAUAUUAUCAGACUGGUAUGUUACAGAAAAUCCACAUACAUUUAUGAGUGAACAGAAAUAA